AUGGGGUGCCAGGACCUCGCGACGCACUCCCGCGCGCAGCCUUCCCAACAGCGUCGCCAGCCCAGCCAUGGCAUCCACUCCACCAACCUCUCAGUCGGAUGCCACCGAUGCAACCUCUGCUGGGCUGACGUCCAGGCUGAUGCAGUUGCCCAGCGCCUCGCCCAGGAGAAGGCCAACGCGGCUGCCGCCGCUGCUCAGCAUGCCGAGCGCGCACGCCAGGAGGCUCACGAUGCUGCUCUGGCACGCGCCGUCCAGGCCGAAGACGAAGCCAAGGCUGCAACCGCGGAGCGUGAUGCCGCUGCACAGCGCGCCAGCGAUGCCCUGGCACGGGCUGCCAAGGAGCGCGCGGCUGCUGCUGUCGCCAUCGCGCCGGAGUCUUCUGGUGCGUCAUCUGGAGGUACGCCGGUGCCUGAUCUGCGCGCAGCCAUGCUUCACCACGAAGCUGUGGCUCUCCUCCAACUCCACUCUCAGGCCGUUGCCGUCAGCAACAUCCGGAACCACGUCACCACCAUCCUCGACGUCGAUUCUGGUAAUUUCAGCCGUUGGUGCGAUCAAUUUCUCCUCAUCCUCGGCAAGUUUUCGCUUCAGGACCAUGUCCGCGAGGAUCCCCCGGACCCAAUCUCUCCUGAUUGGGCCCGGAUGGACUGCGUCGUCAAGUCCUGGAUCAUCGCCACGCUCACCGACGAUAGCGAGAUCAUCUCCGCCCGGGGCUCCACUGCCCGACACGCCUGGCUCGCCGUCGAGUCGCAGUUCCUCGGCAAUCGGGAGGCCCGCUCCAUUCAGUUGGAGACGCGGUUUCGCAACUUCGUCCAAGGCGACCUCUCCAUCACCGAGUACUGCCGCAAGCUGAAGAAGAUGGCCGAUGAUCUCACGGCCCUCGGCGAGGUCAUCUCCGACCGCACCCUCGUCCUCAACGUCAUCCGCGGCCUCAACAAGCGCUUCAGCCACGUCGGGACGCUCCUUCGCCGGGCCAAACCUUUCCCCACCUUCCUGGAGGCGCGUGAGGAUCUCGUCCUCGAGGAACUCACCAUGGAGAACCGCAAGGAAGCUCCAGCUGCUGCACUCGCCGCCUCCACCACCACCACCCCGGCCCCUGCGUCCUCUGGUUCGGGCUCCGAGGGCACUGGUGGGAGCUCCAAGGCUCCCAACAACCGUCGCAGCAAGCGCGGCGGUGGCGGCAAAGGCCACGGCAACAACAGCUCUUCAGGACAGGGCUCCAGACCUCCUGGUGGCACAACGCAGCAGCAGCAGCAGCAUGCCACUGGACAGCAGCAGCAGACUGUCGGAGGGCGCCCUUGGCCCAGCUUCUACAAUCCUUGGUCCGGCACCAUCCAGAUGUGGCCAGGGGGCCCUCGUCCACCUCUGGCGCCCAUCCCGGUGCCCCCUCACCUCCAGGCGCAGCACCAGCAGCAGCAGCAGGCGCUUGCUGCCCACCAGCAGGCUGCUCCCAUUGGUGCUGGACCAUGGGUCGCUCCGGGGUUUUACAACCCUAUGACCGGCCUCCCCUCCUGGAACUCGACAGAGCUCGCCGCGGCAUUCAGCACGACCUCACUGACCCCUCCUUCGAGCAACGAGUGGUACUUCGACACAGGUGCUACUUCACAUAUGACAUCUCAGCCUUCUUCACUUUCACAUGUUCUAUUCCCGCGGUACCCUAACCCUUCAUCUAUUGUUGUUGAUAAUGGCUCACUUAUUCCUGUUACUGCCACUGGCUCCAUAGAGUUAUCACCUACUUUACGUCUUAAUAAUGUCCUUGUGUCACCACAAAUUAUUAAGAAUCUUAUCUCUGUUUGCCAAUUUACUACCGAUAAUAAUUGCUCUGUUGAGUUUGACCCCACUGGUUGUUCUGUGAAGGUUCUUCCAACUCGAAAAGAGAUCGUCAGGUGUAAUAGCUCCGGGCCGCUAUACCCUCUUUGCCUUCCACCAGCACUCUCCUUCGCCGCUCAGGGCUCCUCUCCACUGUGGCAUCGGCAUCUUGGGCACCCCGGUCAUGAGACCGUCUCAAAGCUCGCGUCUAGUGUUUCAUUUCCUAUUCAGGACUGUUCAGAUUUAUGUCAUGCUUGUCAACUAGAGGGCCAUGUUCGUUUGCCCUUUCCUGUGUCCACCUCUCGUGCAUCUAGCAAGUUUGAUCUCAUUCAUUGUGAUUUAUGGACAUCUCCGGUUGUUAGCAUUUCAGGUUAUAAAUACUAUUUGGUCAUACUUGAUGAUUGCACUCAUUAUUUGUGGACCUUUCCAUUAAGACUUAAAUCUGACACUUUCAGCGAGCUUGCUCACUUCAUCACCCAUGCCUCCACUCAAUUUGGCGCCCGCGUCAAAGCUGUCCAGUGCGACAAUGGGAGAGAGUUCGACAACUCCAGCACCCGGCAAUUCUUUCUCACCCAGGGCAUUCACCUUCGCAUGUCCUGCCCUUACACCUCGCCUCAAAAUGGUAAAGCUGAACGCAUUAUUCGCUCUAUCAAUAAUGUUGUUCGCUCCCUGCUCUUUCAGGCAUCCAUGCCUCCCUCCUACUGGGUGGAGGCCCUUUCCACGGCGACUGUUCUUCUCAACAUAUUGCCCACCAAGACUCUAGAGUUCUCCACGCCUCACCUUGCCCUGUUCGACAAGCCACCCACAUAUGAUCAUCUACGAGUCUUCGGUUGCAAAUGUUAUCCCAACACGUCUGCCACUGCUUCUCAUAAACUUGCCCCCAGGUCUGUCCAAUGUGUUUUUCUAGGCUAUUCCGCUCACCACAAAGGGUACCGCUGCCUUGACCUAUCAUCUAAUAGAGUCAUCAUCUCCCGACACGUCAUCUUUGAUGAAACGGCUUUCCCUUUUGCUGAGCACCAUGGUCCUAGUACUCCUGCAGACCUCGAGUUCCUUGCUGAUGACACUACUGAUGUCGUGCCCGCUCCUAUUGGACCGUUGCACAAGUUUUUGCCUGCAGGAACUCCACCUAGUGCCUCCGACACCACCAGCGCCCCUGCCGGUCCUGAUGUGGCCGUGCCUGGGGCGCCCCUAGAGCUUCCAGAAGAUGCUGAUGAUCCUCCGACGCCCGCGCUCUACAUCCCCCCUGCGCUGCGAGCAUCGAGGACUCCAACCGCGUCACGCGCGGCUCUCAGGAGCCCCACUUCCGCGCCACGCGCGGCCACGGAGCUAAUUGGCGCACACAACAACACCUCUCCACGCCUGUGGUACGUCCCGCCCGCGUUGCGCACUGGCUCGCCAUCCUCCGCGCCAUCCAUGGGCUCCCCCGCGCCUCCUCAGGCGCCUCGCGGGCCUCCACCGAGGUUUCCACCUCUUUGCCCGGUUCGCGACUUCACAUGCCACUACUCGCGUCGACCGCGACCACCACCGGCUGCUCCUGCACUGGCCGCCCCGACUGCUCCUGCAGCAGCCGCCCCCGCUGCUCCUUCACCGGCUCCUACGGAAGCCGCCCCGCUGCCCAAGGGCGCGGUUCCUGUUCCACCGGUGGCCAACCAGCACUCCAUGGGCACCCGUUCGAAGAACGGCUUCCGGAUGCCCGCCGCCUACCAUGUUGUGCCUCUCUCUCCGGUGCCAAAGACCUUCCGAAGCGCUCUUGCUGACCCCAAUUGGCGAGCAGCUAUGGAAGAACACAGUGCUUUCCUCCAGAACCACACCUGGGAUCUUGUGCCCCGUCCGCCUCGGGCCAAUGUUGUCACUGGGAAGUGGAUCUUCAAGCACAAACUUCAGUCUGAUGGCUCCCUCGAGCAGUACAAGGCACGUUGGGUCCUCCGUGGUUUCAUCCAGCGACCUGGUGUGGACUUUGAUGAGACCUUCAGUCCGGUGGUGAAGUCCGCUACUAUCCGCAAAGUGCUCUCCUUGGCGCUCUCUCGUCGUUGGCCUAUUCAUCAACUUGAUGUGAAGAACGCCUUUCUUCAUGGCAAUCUCAGUGAGACGGUGUAUUGCCAGCAGCCGUCCGGAUUCGAAGAUCCAGCUCAUCCGGAUUUCGUCUGCCUCUUGAAGAAAUCGCUCUAUGGCCUGAAGCAGGCUCCUCGUGCUUGGUAUAGCCAGAUGGCCAGUUACUUGCUGUCUAUUGGGUUUGUUGAAGCCAAGUCAGACACCUCGCUCUUCGUCUACCAGCGUGGAUUGGACACAGCCUAUAUGUUGCUCUAUGUUGAUGACAUUGUCCUCACAGCUUCAUCGACCGAUCUUCUCUGGCCGAUCAUCUCAGCACUGCAGCGAGAAUUCGCCAUGAAAGACCUUGGUGAACUACAUCACUUCCUCGGCAGUGGCGGACGGACGGGGGGGCUGGGGGGGGCUGCAGCCCCCCUCGUGGGCCGAAACCGCUGGGAGCAGAGCGCCAGAGCCGGCCCAAAAAUUGGUGACUAA